AUGGAUUCGCUCCGACCAUGUCAUUAUUCACUGACUCAUGAAAAUUUACAAUUAUUGAAUGAUUAUCAAAUAUCAUAUCCAUCAUAUAAUAUAUAUCCACUGACUGAUAUAUCAUUAGGUCAGGGUCAAAUAUCACAUCUACCAUCUCAUGAGCUAAAUAGUAAUAAUGUGCAUUGUAGGACUUUAGUUGAUAUAGAUUCAUUGACCAAUAUAAAUUCGCAACCAUUGGAUAAUAAUCAAAUACCGUACUCGCAGGAACCUGUAUUAAGUUCACAAUCACCAAAUCAUUCAUGUUCAGAUACAUACCAAACAAAUUCACAAUCUCAAUCACAUCAAACACAUUCACACCAUCGACAACAACCACAAAAAGACCAGCAAACUACUCCGAUUCGACGUCGUCAACGAAGAAAACCACAAAAACAUCCUUACGAAAAGCGAAAACACGCUUCUAUCGCAUGCAAUCCGUGUCGUAAAGCACGUCUAAGGUGUGAAAAGAAAGAUGACUCUCUUUUUUGCAAUAGGUGUAUUGAAACAAAUGAGAAAUGUAUUUUUGAUGAAAAUCCCAAAAAAAGAGGUCGUAGAUGUGGUACCAGAAACAAAUCAAAGGCUGCUGAUAAUACUGUCUAUGACAUUAAACAAUGUUGUUGGCCUGAAUUAAUAGCUGAUAGCCUAAAAAUUGAAAUGUUUCACAAAAAAAUUACAUAG